AUGUCAAAGUUCAUCGAUCCCUCCGAAGUGACGACCUCUCGCCGAUAUGUUCACUUCCCCACAGAGAUCUUAAUACAGAUCGCCGAAUUUAUUUCCAAUAUUCCCAGAUCUCAGGCCACACUUCAAAGGUUCUGUUCGGUCUCUCGCCAGUGGUACUCUGCUGGCAUUGAAUUUCUCUACUGCCGACCCCAACUUCAACAAGGGAAUAGCUUCUUGCUUUUCACCAACACUGUGUGCCCGUCAAUUCGCUCCAGGGAACGAAAAGUGGACCUAGGCUCCUUCGUUCAGGAACUGAACCUCGGAUCAUUGGUACAUCAGAGCUCCAAUAGCCUGACAGCACGGCUUCUAGGUCGAGUGAAGAAGAAUCUGAGGACUUUUAUUGCUCCAAGGGUCUCAUUUUCUCCUAAGCCAACCUCUUUCUCCAGAAUUAACAGCCUUGCGCCCUUGGCCAAGUGCAAGGAGCUUUCCUAUCUUGGCCUUGACAUUGUGGCUGAGCCAAUUCCGCUUUCUGCUCUCAAGAAAGCCAUCAGCGGCCUCGGCAAACUGGAAACGCUUACGCUUCCCUCUUCAAUGUUUAUCACGGAUGAUGGUUCCACUGAAGAUUGGCCAUCCAAUUUGGAAUGCCUACAGGUUGGCGGGAGAUUUGAUGUUGGGAAGAUGUCCUCCUUCAGGUGGCCCCCUAACUUACACAGUUUAACAUUGUGUGGUUGCGAGAAUCUAGACACUCCCGUCUUGGAAAAGAUCCUUUUCAACGAGCAGAUCAGAACCACGCUUACACGACUGGUCAUUCACUCUUCCAACCGCGAGAUGUUUGAGGCGGGACCAUCUGAGGUCUUACCGACCCUCAUUGCUUUGAAUUCCCUUCGGAUACCCAUCGAUCUGCUUCAUCAUUUUCUUAUUAUUCCCGGGCUUGACCCAAUGAGUGUUGCUACGUCAAUCCGGGAGCUAGAGCUCACGGCACCAUAUGAUGACGAUUUCUCUGACCUGAUUGCUCCCGAUGAUCUUUGUGUUGCCUUAAAAACUACUCUUUCUGAAGUGUGCUAUCUCGGUAUUAGCCCUGGUUGUCUUAAGAGAUUACCUGAAGCAUCACAUGCCAGACUUGACGAGUGGGUUUGGGAGAAUAUUGAUAAGUGUUCGGAAGAGGAACUCGAUUGUCUCUCUGACAUGGGACUUGUUAUCAUGGAUAGUGAGCCAAUUUGCUAA